CACUCCCCCCUCACUCAGUUGCACCCUCUCUCUCAAAAAAAAAAAAAAAAUUCUCACACAUUUAUUUGGCUUUGUAUGUGUCCAGGGCCAGGCCCUAAAUAUAUGACACUGCCGCUGCCCUCACACGAGAGACAAUCUCCGAACCAACUAUUAAACUCACCAAGUGCUCAAAUCUGGGGCUUCCAAGCAGGCACAUCAGAGAGAGAAAAAAAGGUAAAAAUGGAAAAGGCUGUGUGCCCAGAUGCUUUGUCAAUCGGACCCUCCGAACCUGGAUUUGAGUUCCCUGGUACAACUAUUUGGUGCUGCAAAUGCUUUUGUGAUGCCUUGUCCUUGGCAUCUGUUUCCUUUCCAAGGCAACAUUCUGUGUGCGCUUCAGGGAAGAGGGUGUUUUCACCAGCACUUGGAUAGAAUGGUAUCAGCACCAUGAGAGACCUGGAGAGACGGGAACAAUGAAGUGACCGAGCUUUCUGCAGUGAGGGAGUGGGCGAGAGCUACGAUCCAAGUCGAUCCAAGUCGUGCUCUCCUGCGUUUUACCUGGAGCAGCUGAGCUGGACCCCCUGGGCUUGUCCUCUCCACGGCUGCCCCAGCAUCUCUGGAGCCCAGGCAUGCCUCCGUGAGCCUCGAGGUCUCCAGCUGAUGGGGAGGGGCUGCUGUCAGUGUGAUCCUGGUGUUUCACACCAUGGAUCUGUGGGCCCACUGGGUUCCAGCCUCCCGGCUGGGUGCCUACAUACCUUUUCACUGGAUCACUCCCUGCUUUUCUUUGUUUAGUGAGCCAUUUCCCUGGGGGGUGGGCAGAAUCUGUCUCGAGCCUCAGCUCAUUUGCCUGUUGACCCUGAAAGCCUAAGUAGACCUAGCCAGUGAAGAGGACCUUGGCGGUCAGUGGUGGUGUUGGUGCCGACAUAUAAGGAAUAAGGUCCUUUCCCUGUGAGUACUGGCCCCCGGUUCCUUCCCGGCCCCCAUGCUGAAAGUGGUUGUUGUCCAUAACUCACUAGUUCAAUGUCAUAUUCUGUGUAGAAAGAGUUCCAUGGUUGUGAUCAGUCUCUAAGAUUGGUAAUUCCCAUCAUCAUAAUAAGAGCUCUGAGAUGUCCUCUAGUGGAAAAACCUGUUUAAUUUCAUCGAACCCAGGAUUUCCCAAGUUUGUUGGACCAUGGAGGCCUCUUUUCAAGUCAACAGCACUUCCUGUCCUUCAGAUUAGAGCUCCACAGAACCCACUUUGGGAAGCAUAGCUACCUCCUGAGAGCUGUCAGCUGCCUUGACUCAUGGCCGCAUUCCACCCCAGAUGCAUCUCCUAGGAUACCGAUCCCUCCCCAAAGUGGACCUGAGCUCAUCCCAUCAUGAGCCAGCCCCGGUUGGCCCAUCUCCCCAGUCCUAAUCCCACUCAGCCCUGGCACUCUGCCACGUUCCUGUUUGCCUAAUAGCCAUCCUAGGGCAACAGGAGAGGAGAGAGGAUUCUCCUGUGUCUUCCCAUCUUCACUGUCCACUCAGAUCGAUACCCAGAGGGUGCAGUUCACCUUCGAGCUGGGAUCCCAUUGGAGAGUGAUCUGCUUGUUUUUCCUGCUUUCUUCCCUUCUGGUUCCUUAUCCUGUGCUCCCUGACUUCUGCUUGGAAUGCCCUGGGCCUGGCAGGAACCUUUUAUUAGGUGAACAGGUCUCAUACAGCUUCAUUCCUGAUUUGGAAGACUUUAGCCCUGGCUAUCCUGGCUGGCAGUCUGAAAAUGUCUUACUCCAUUUUUGUUUUUUCUUAAAUCCAAACCAGUUGUAGACCACAGCCCUCAAAUAUACCUGUCCUUCCUCUCUGGUUUUCUUCCUGUCCAUAGUCCCACACAGGAUUCUCACCACCCAGUCUCUCCCACCUGUCAGCCCUGGUCCAAGAGCCAACACUGCUGCCUGGAUGGGGAUGCUUGUUAUGGGCCUGGGUGUGAUUAGGUCCCAGCGGGUCCUGUCCAACCAAGGUGCAUUUCCCCCUCUGCUUCAUAAUGGUUUCUUCCUCUCUGCUUUGUGAUCAUCAUACUGGAGCCUCUGCUUUGAGUCCAUCCCAGGAUCUCUGGCCUCUGAAUUCCAUUGCCUGCUCUUCGCCUCUUUCUAAAACUUGCUCUCAGCACACCAUCUAAUCCUUGCGUUCACGCUGGAUCAACAAAACAUCGCCAGGAUGGGAAAGAGUUUUAUGGCCAGGGACACCCCAAGAACAUGUGAAAUUGGAAGACCAAGGAAUGUCAGAAUUUUAAAGUGCAAUUUCACACAACUUAAAACUGAGAAGUAGCCAAUGUCACUGUGCUCUCCCCCUCUACAUCCAGGGGGGCAUAUUCCCUUGACAUGACUGCAUUUAUGUUGGACUCUCUUGGGUUUAAAGGGUAAAGCAUACGCUUAAGUAAGGUAGGAUAUCUUUACCAUCUGCCACACCUUUCUGAAGCUAUAACUCCUUUCCUUAGCUCAUAAAUUAUUUAAGCUGUUUUCCUGACUCAUACUUGGAAUACCAUCCCUGAGCAUUAUUUUAUAAGCUUGUGAAAUCUUGAUAUAAAACAGUUCAGUGCCUGUGUUAGUCAGCUAGCGCCAAGGGGGUAAAAAAAAAAAAAAAAAACCCACAAAAGUCUCCUCAGUUCAAUGCAACAAUAAGCAUUUGUCUUCAGAGCUCUGUGUGUUGUCUGGGAUUUGGCUGAUCUGAAUUGGGCUCAGCUGGUCAACUCUGCUCCGGCUGCAAUGGCUGAGUGGCUCUGCCUCUCACAUCAGGUCUCUGGACCACGUUGGUGGCUUUGCUCUACAUGUCUCUCAUCCUGUCCUCCUUAGCAGACUAACCAAAGCUUGUUCUUCUGAUGGUGCCAGCAGAAGCAGAAGAGAGAAGUCCCAGUGUGCAAAACACUUCCAUCCCUGCUGUAUCACGUCUACUACCAGCCAUUGGCCAAAGAAAGUCACAUGGCCAAGCUCAAAGUCCCCGCGAAAGGACACUCCAUCCAUGAUGAGGCUAUAGUAAGGGAGUGGGUGGAGAAAGGAGUGAAGAACUGGGGCCGAUAGUACCACCAUGCUCACCUGUGGUACAUAGGAAAGGGGUAAAGGGUUUCUUCUGACCAUUGCUACAGCAGCAUUUUGUUGCAGAGAUGCUCCAGGGAACCCAGAAGUCCUGGGAAACUCUUGAAGUUCUCUCCUGGGAAGCUCUUCAAGAUGCUCACAGGCUCCCUGAGCCAGAGAACCAGGACGCCACCCAGAGUGUUCCCAAGGAGUGUAGAGGGAGCAGGCAGCAGAAGGGCAACAUGGCGACCAAGUAACUCUUCCAUGGCUAAGGGUGGUGAACCUUUAUGUUCUGACAAAUGUGCACCAACGAAAGCACUGAGGGAGUGAGAGCCCCUGGAGCAGCCAGGUGUCUCACACCAUCCUCAACUGGGUAAUGCCUCCAGCAAAUAAACCAACGGCAGCCUACCAGGGAGCACAGGGACAGUUGCCUGGCGUUAACAUUUAAUGAAGUUUGUGGAAUUCAAAAAGCUGCUGCUUUUACGAGCCGUGUGGGAAAGGGAUGCAGGGGUCACGCUUCACCACACCAAGAAAUCCUUCUCUCAGUUUCUCAUGGAAGCCAUGUGUUAAAGAUAGUGGGACCACAAAACAGAAGGAAACUUGGUCCCUGAAUCAUGUCCUGGAGGACAGCUUUGUGCCUGUUAAGAACUGUCCUUCUGGAUUUUCUGGAAGGGCCCAGGUUUGACCGUGGAGGAAGGAUUGGACAGGUUGCUGGGGAAAGUGAGUGAUCCAUUCAACCAGAGAGAUGUCAGCUUAUUUAUAGGAAUUACUUGAAGUCAGAGUCAUGGUGGAUGUAGGAAAGUGGCCAAUCUUCACUCUGCUCUCACCUCAAGAAAUUGCAUCUAUUCGGAAAGCAUGUGUCUUUGGCACCUCAGCCAAUGAAGCACUGUACGUUACUGACAAUGAUGAGGUCUUUGUAUUUGGACUGAACUAUAGUAACUGUCUAGGAACUGGAGAUAACCAGAGUACACUUGUACCCAAAAAGCUGGAAGCCUUAUGUGGAAAGAAGAUUAAAAGCCUUAGUUAUGGGAGUGGACCACAUGUUCUUCUCAGCACUGAAGAUGGAGUUGUUUAUGCCUGGGGCCACAAUGGAUAUAGCCAGCUUGGGAAUGGGACGACCAACCAAGGCAUUGCUCCCAUCCAAGUCUGUACCAAUCUCUUGAUCAAGCAAGUGGUUGAAGUAGCUUGUGGCUCACAUCAUUCAAUGGCUCUGGCAGCUGAUGGAGAGGUAUUUGCUUGGGGGUAUAACAACUGUGGCCAGGUCGGAUCAGGAUCUACAACAAAUCAACCAACUCCUCGAAAAGUUACAAACUGUUUACAUAUUAAGAGGGUGGUUGGCAUUGCCUGUGGUCAGACCUCAUCCAUGGCUGUUCUGGACAAUGGGGAGGUGUAUGGCUGGGGUUACAAUGGCAAUGGUCAGCUAGGCUUGGGAAACAAUGGCAAUCAGCUGACCCCUGUGAGAGUGGCAGCUUUGCACAGCGUGUGUGUGAACCAGAUUGUCUGCGGCUAUGCACACACUCUAGCACUAACAGAUGAGGGCUUGCUCUAUGCCUGGGGAGCUAACACGUAUGGGCAGCUGGGAACUGGCAAUAAAAAUAACCUGCUAAGCCCAGCACACAUCAUGGUGGAGAAAGAAAGGGUAGUAGAGAUUGCGGCCUGCCACUCGGCCCACACGUCGGCUGCCAAGACCCAGGGCGGGCACGUGUACAUGUGGGGCCAGUGCCGGGGCCAGUCCGUGAUCCUGCCUCACCUCACGCACUUCUCCUGCACCGACGACGUGUUCGCCUGCUUCGCCACUCCUGCUGUCUCUUGGCGCCUCCUGUCUGUAGAGCAUGAAGACUUUUUAACAGUUGCUGAAUCACUGAAGAAAGAAUUUGAUAGUCCGGAAACUGCUGAUCUGAAGUUUCGAAUUGAUGGGAAAUAUAUCCAUGUCCAUAAAGCUGUUUUGAAAAUCAGGUGUGAGCACUUUCGAUCCAUGUUCCAGUCUUACUGGAAUGAGGAUAUGAAGGAGGUGAUAGAAAUAGACCAGUUUUCUUACCCAGUGUACCGUGCCUUUCUCCAGUACCUCUACACAGAUGCAGUGGACCUGCCACCUGAAGAUGCUAUAGGUCUUUUGGACUUGGCCACGUCUUACUGUGAAAACCGGCUGAAAAAGCUCUGUCAGCACAUCAUCAAGCGUGGAAUUACGGUGGAGAAUGCCUUUUCAUUAUUCUCUGCUGCAGUCAGAUACGAUGCAGAGGAUUUAGAAGAAUUCUGCUUUAAGUUUUGCAUCAAUCAUUUGACAGAAGUUACACAGACUGCAGCAUUUUGGCAAAUGGAUGGCCCUCUGCUAAAGGAAUUCAUUGCUAAAGCCAGUAAAUGUGGAGCCUUUAAGAACUGAAGCCCCAGGCUGCUGGGUUUUGUGAAUGCUCUGGGGCACUGGCCAUGGUGGCUGCUUUGUGCUCUGCGGGUGAUGUAAUUUUGCAGGUAAAAAACCCGUCAGCUUGUUUGUUUUUCACAUCUUGAGACACCAUUCUCCGUGUAGGAAUGUAUGAAGGAUGUACAGCUUUUCCUGAACCCGUUCUAAACAAGUCUUGUUUCCAG